GUUUGUAGGAAGAUAAGAGAAAGAGGCGAAGCGCUGAAAGCCCCGGGAAACUCUGAGAUACAGGAAAUCAAUCAGGCAGAAAUGUACUAAGCUAAAACAGAAAUCUAUCCUGAGACCAUGAAUGAUGCAGAACACACUCACGUAUCUCUACAAGAAAAAAAAAUUAAAUAAUAGCUUCCGGCUACAGAAACAGGUCUGUCUCUUUAAGUAACAUGACACACUCGGAAAGUGAAAGUUGAAUUAGUUCUUGGGAAACUACCUCCACACAGUUUUUGUUUCUGCUUCACAGAAUCCACACCAACACACAAAAUGGCGUCCAGCUUCAGCCUCUUAUCUGAGGAUCAGCUUCUGUGUCCGAUCUGCCUGGACACGUUCACUCAACCAGUCUCCACACCCUGUGGACACAACUUCUGCCUAUCCUGUCUCUCAUCCUACUGGGACAACGAACGUGUCUGUCAGUGCCCGGUCUGUAAGGACAUGUUCGAGAGGAGACCCGAUCUCAAGGUCAACACCUUCAUCUCAGGGCUUGCGUCGCAGUUCAGGUUGCUUCAGGUCACAAAUGCUAACAGCUGGAGCCCGGGCCCAUUGAAGAAUAGCGCUGAAUGUGCGGUGCUGUGUGAUGUUUGUGCUGACGCCCAGCAACAGGCUGUCAAGUCCUGCUUUGAGUGUCUGACUUCGUACUGCAGCGUUCAUCUGGAGCCUCAUCACCGAGCUGCCGGACUGAAGCGACACACACUGGUCGACCCUCUGGAGAACCUGCAGGACAGGCUCUGCAAGGAGCAUAACCACACUCUUAGAUUGUUUUGUUUAAGCGAUCAAGUGCUGCUGUGUGACAUCUGCUUUCGUUCUCAGCACAUGAACCAUGAUGUUGUUCCUGUGCAGCAGGCAUACGGAGAGAUGAGGGAGCUGCUGGGAGACACAGAGGCCAGAGUGCAGCAGAUGAUCCAGGAAAGGAAACAGAAGCUGGAAGCAAUGAAGGAGUCGGUGAAAGAAAGCAAGAGAGAAACCAGUGAGGUGACAGCUGAGUGCGUGCGGGAGUUAACGGCGCUGGUGUCUGAGGUUCAGAGGAGCCAGACGGAGCUCGUGAAAGUGAUGGAGGAGAAGCAGAAAGCAGCAGAAGAACGAGCGGGUGUUUUUAUUGUCGUUUUGGAGCAGGAGCUCGCUGAGCUGCAGAGGACGAAGAUGAGGCUGAUGGACAUAAAACAGACUGAAGACCAGCUCUGUUUCCUCCAAACCUUCCCAGAAUCCGUCCUCCUACCACAGACUACGGACCUGUCCUCGUUCAGCUUCAGCAGACACAUGGAGCUACGGCACGUGCAGAAAUGUCUGAGCAGCUCCGUGUCUCACCUGCGAACGUUGCUGAAGAAAAUGAUGACGGAAACCACAAGGCUAGCUGCGUUCCACGAUGUCACGCUGAGGGACCUGCAGCAGUAUGAAGUGAACGUUCUGCUCGACCCCGACAGCGCUCACUGUCAGCUCGUUUUGUCCGACGAUGGCAAACAGGUCAGAUACACCAGGGCCAACCGCAGAGGCCAACCAUUGGGGCCGAACACAUUCACGUCGCUUCUCGCAGUUCUGGGACGAACAGGCUUUUGGUCAAAAAGGUUUUACUUUGAGGUGCUUGUGAGUCAGAAGACAGAGUGGUGUCUGGGUGUGGCCACGGCAUCGAUCCAGAGGAGAGGGGUACUCACUCGGGGUCCUGAUUUCGGACUGUGGGCCAUAAAGUUUCGGGUAAAAAGUUUUGAAACCUUCAGUUCUCCCGGUGUGACGGUAUACAAUGGGAAAGUAGAGAGGGUCGGCGUGUUCGUGGAUUACGACAAAGGUCAAAUAUCGUUCUAUGACGUACAGACCGCGACACUUAUCCACUCAUUUAGUGACUGUCUCUUCACCGAGGAGCUUUAUCCAUAUUUAAAUCCCUGUGAUAAUGAAUGUGGUUUAAACUUGGAUCCGAUGGUCAUCGUCCCUGUCACUCGUAAGGAGGCUUAA